CAUAGUACAGGAGAUGACCAGAGACUGCGGACAUAGUACAGGAGAUGACCAGAGACUGCGGACAGUACAGGAGAUGACCAGAGACUGCGGACACAGUACAGGAGAUGACCAGAGACUGCGGACACAGUACAGGGGAUGACCAGAGACUGCGGACACGGUACAGGAGAUGACCGGAGACUGCGGACACGGUACAGGAGACGGUCAGAGACUGCGGACACGGUACAGGAGACGGUCAGAGACUGCGGACACGGUACAGGAGACGGUCAGAGACUGCGGACACAGUACAGG